GGGAGUCGGUGUCGCGGCCCAGGCAGGAUUGUUCACAGUACAGUUGUAACUGUCUCAACAAAGAUCAGUGAUGAGAAUUGUUGUUGUUAACAAGAUACCUCCAAGUUGAACAUGAGAGGAAAUGACUGGGAUCCCUUCUGUUCUGACAAGAUAAGGAAUACAGCAUUCUCCAGCUACGUGUAAUGGCACCUCUCUGAGAUCCGUCGCUUGUCAUGCACCCCACCGGGAACAUGGAUGCUGGCUUCACCCGGUCCACUCUUCAGACCCUGUCGCGAAGCCACUGCAGGAACAUCAAACAGAAGAUCUCCCAGUGGGAAGGAAGGGCUAACGGUGUGACUAAGCCAGCUAGGUCUCACCCGAAGGACUUUGGAGUGAGGUAUAAUAACUGCCACGCAGCGCUUCCUCCUCACAAGCAUCCUUCUGGUGAUGGAAGGAGCGACUGUCAGAAUGGGGCUUUACCACCCAGGGGUGCAGAUGCCAAAAGCCACGGUCACAGUGAGCGUGAAGGCGAGCAGCGAGAGUGUAAAGAUGCCCACCCCUCAGAAACUGGACCGGACUCCAACUGGGUGUGUGCUCGGGUCAAGCAGAUUGAAAGCCGCAAGGACGUCGCUGUUAAUCCAGAGGCUUCGUUACCUCCGGGAAACUUCUAUACCUCACAGAUACUGUGGAAAAGAAUAGAAGCGCUUCCCUCGGAGAAAGUCUUAAAUUUGGCUUUAGCACCUUGUGACUCUACAGAAAAAGAACCUAGUUUCAGAGUUCUGGAUAGUUCUUAUGGAAUAACCAAGAGCUUGGAAAAUAUUUAUUGUGAACCCGAGGGGCAAGAAUACGGACCCUCUAUAAAUCCUUUGCCCAAACCCCGUAGGACAUUCAGGUAUUUGUCUGAAUCUGGCGGUGUGCCAUAUAAAGAAAGAAACUGUGACCCAAAGUACUGUGAGAAGAGUUCCUGCGCAGAGGCUUCUUUGGCCUCGUCUCAGGAUCCUGAGCCAAAGAAAUACGGUGGGAAGAUCAGAGGGAGAUCCAAGAGGAAAUCCUUUGAAUUUGAAGACAUUCAGCACUUUCGGAACUCACGGAAGAUUCAUGAAGAACUCGGGAGAAACGCUGGUUCAGCACUCUAUUACACACAGUCUGAGGAUAACAUCUACGAGGAUAUCAUAUAUCCAGCCAAGGAAAAUCCCUACGAAGAUAUUCCAGUGCAGCCAUUCCCCAUGUGGAGAUCGCCGUCAGCAUGGAGGCUGCCGCCUGCUAAGAGUGCCUUCAGAACACCCAAGCUUCCUCCCAAGCCCCAGUUCCUUCAGCGGAAGACUAUGGACCUGAAGAACUCUCAAGUGUACUUGCGGUCCAAGCUCACAAAGGACACCACCUUGCCUGUCACCUUAACCGAGUGGAAGCUUUUCCGAGCUGGAGAAGUGGCUAACAGGAAGGCGAGGAAUCUCCCAAGGCUUGUUUUGAAAAUAAAUGAUACUUUUGAAUCUAAGAGAGGGAAGAAGAGGGUAAAGUUACAGCCUUACACUGGAAAAGAAGCACCCUCCUCCAAAGGUGAAACCAGUGGGAACGAGAGUGAUGCCGAGAACCUGCCAAAGAAUCGCCACAAGCGCUUGGCACAGCUGCAGCAGCCCUGCAAGAGGAACCCCCACUACCAGACCCUGGAGCGGGAUCUCAUCGAACUUCAGGAGCAGCAGCUCUUUGAGCUCUUCGUGGUGGUUUCCCUGCAGAAGAAGGCAUCAGGGACAAACUACGUCCCCCAGGUCAUACAACAGUUCCCCAGCAAGGGUGAUCACAGCUACAAGCAAUCCAAAGACACCGAAGAGAGGCUCAAAGUCAUCCCCAAAUUUUGUUUUCCUGAUUCAAAGAACUGGGUGCCCACCUCAGAACUGAAGAGUGAAACAUUCUCCUUCGUAUUGACUGGUGAGGAUGGAAGUCGGUGGUUUGGUUACUGUAAGAAGCUUUUGCCAGAAGGCAAAGGAAAGCGGCUCCCUGAGGUGUACUGCAUGGUCAGUCGCUUAGGCUGCUUCAAUCUUUUCUCAAAGAUCCUGGAUGAAGUAGAGAAGAGAAGAGAAAUGUCUCCAGCCCUUGUUUACCCAUUCAUGCGAAGUGUCAUGGAAGCCCCGUUCCCAGCUCCCGGGCGCACCAUCACAGUGAAAAGCUACCUCCCUGGGGCUGGAGAUGGGUCUGUUGAACUCUGCCGACCACUCGAUUCGCGGCUGGAACACGUGGAUUUUGAGUGUCUCUUCAAGUGCUUGAGUGUGUGUCAUCUCAUCCGGGUCUGUGCCUCUCUCCUUUUAGAGCGGAGGGUAAUCUUUGUUGCCAACAGCCUAAGCACCCUGUCAAAGUGUGGCCACGCUGUGGUAGCUACGCUGUACCCAUUCACUUGGCAGCACACCUACAUCCCCGUGUUACCAGCGUCCAUGAUUGACAUAGUGUGCUCCCCUACUCCAUUUCUUAUUGGAAUCUUGUCUUGUUCCUUACCCCACCUCCAGGACCUUCCCAUUGAAGAGGUGCUGAUCGUUGAUCUCUGUGCGGACAAGUUCCUGCAGGAGGUAUCUGACGAGGAUGAAAUCCUGCCGCCUAAACUUCAAGCUGCCCUGGUCCAGAUUCUGGAAGACCGAGAUGAAGUCUUGGCCCAGGAGCAGCAGUUUUCACAAGAUGUGACACUCAAUUCUCUGGUGUCUGAAGCAUUUGUGAGGUUUUUUGUGGAGCUCGUAGGACAUUAUUCUCUGAAUAUGACUGUCACAGAGCGUGGGGAGCGUGUUUUCCUGAGGGAGCCAUUCCGAAAGUCCCACACUUCUCGGAGUGUUCGCCACUUUCUAGAUCUCUUCAUGGAGACACAGAUGUUUGCGGGAUUUGUCCAGGACCGGGAGCUUCGGCAAAGCGGAGUUAAAGGUUUAUUUGAAGUCCGGGCUCUCCAGUAUUUGGAAACAAUUCCUGAGUCAGAACCCAGUGGGGUGAAUAGAAUUUUGCGGAGUCUUGGAAGCAAAAUGAGAUUUCUCCACAAGAAGUGAAUGUGUCUUCAUUCUAAACACAAUGGAAAGUGCCAAAGACAGCAUGUCUCCAGGGGUCUGGACGCACUGAAGAGUCCUGGAGAAUCCUUGAGAUUGUGGAAGGAGAAAGGCUGUCAGAGGAGGACUCUCCUGUUGCUGCAGACCAACCUGAGAGCCAGUGCGCUCUCUUCUGCUUCUAA